CCCUGCAGCUGUAAAGGGCCUCUUUGUGGUCCGGCUCUUUGUGAAAGCGGGCCAGGUAAGCCGAUAGUGGAGGUCCUGACGGAGUCCAGGUACCGCCUCCGAUGAUGUCAACCCCACCUCUGACUCCUCCCCCUGCACCUGCCGCGCAGUAUAAAAAGGAUACGGUUCAAGUAGAGGGAGCAGAUCCUCACACACCUGCAGGUUCAGGACCUGACAGCAGAUCCGGCCUCCUCCGCUGGCGUGACCCACAUCUAUUCAUCAGCAGCAGAGGAAGAGGAGGAGGAGGAAGAUGUCUAUAGGCCUGGAGCUGAUCGGGAUCUCCCUGUGCAUCCUGGGAUGGAUCAUCGCCAUCGUGGCCUGYGCCCUGCCCAUGUGGAGGGUGACAGCCUUCAUCGGCAGCAACAUCGUGACGGCGCAGAUCAUCUGGGAGGGUCUGUGGAUGACCUGCGUGGUCCAGAGCACCGGGCAGAUGCAGUGCAAGGUCUACGACUCCAUGCUGGCCCUGUCCCAGGACCUGCAGGCCGCCCGGGCCCUCACCGUCAUCUCCAUCCUGCUGGCCAUCCUGGCCGUGCUGGUGGCCAUCGCCGGGGCCAAGUGCACCAACUGCAUCGAGGACGAGGCCUCCAAGGCCAAGGUGAUGAUCAUCUCCGGGGUCUUCUUCAUCGUCUCCGGCGUCAUGCAGCUCAUACCCGUCUCCUGGUCCGCCAACACCAUCGUCAGGGACUUCUACAACCCGCUGCUGACCGACGCCCAGCGCAGGGAGCUGGGGGCCGCGCUCUACAUCGGCUGGGCCGCGGCGGCGCUCCUCAUACUGGGAGGAGGGCUGCUGUGCUGCUCCUGUCCGCCCCGUGAGACCCGGUACAACAACUCCCGGAUGGCUUACUCCGCCUCCCGGUCCAUGGCGGGCCCGGGACUGGAGAGGAAGGACUACGUAUGAGUGAAGGUCAGCGAAGGAAGGACGUUAAUCACAGCUGGAGUUUCAUAAACGUCUCUGAAGUUUGUCCUCUAGGGAACAAAAAAGGGACAUCUGAGUGGAUUUAUUUGUGUCCUGUCCUUUUUAAAUCAUGGACUUUUUGUAAAAUGUAAACUUGUUUUAAAAAAAAGUUGAAAAACAGAACUGUGUUGUGAUUCAUCAGCUACAGCAGAGGUAAUAACUGUUUAUUUCCUGUGGUACAAAGUGAGUGGGUUAAAAAAAGUUAUUUUUAACCACUUUGAGCCUUUAAACAUUUCAGAAUUUGCACCGAAGCCACAAAAAAA